AUGAGUGAACUGUCAUUGUUAGUCUGUGAAGGCGUGGGCUACAAUGAGGUCUUUCUAUCAGGGCGUCAUCAUGAGGAGGAUUCCCUUAGGUCCCCAGAAAGGGAGCCGUCCACCCAGUCCUUGAGUAGUGAGAAUGAAGAGGAUGAGGGGGAUGUGGAGGAUGAAUAUGUCAAGCGAGAAGGGGAUGGAAUGGAAGAGGAGGAUGAGGAGGAGUUUGAGGAAGAGGAUGAUGAGGAUGAGGGUGAGGAUGACGAUAGUGCUCUUGAAGGAGGAAGUCCAAGAAGCCCAUGGGAAGAAAUGGAGGCAAAGAGGCAAAAAGCUUUGGUAAGGGCGUCAGCCGCGACCCGUAAGCAAAAGGAAAAGGAGGGAGCCUCGACGUCGGCUCCCAAGGUCAUCACUAAAGGGUCAUCAAAGCUAAAGAAUGAAGGGAAGGAUAACCGUCCUCACAAGAAGGGAUCGAGCACUCCUGUUGGUGACAAGCAGCCAAAGCAGCCGUCGCCCCCUAAACCCAGCCAUGGAGUUGGCAGAAGGUUAAUGACAAGGAAAGGUCCCGUCGCUCAGGGAGUCGUUUGUCGUUUGCUUACACAUAAGGAGCAUGCCGUUGAGAUGGUUAAGUCAAUCAUUAAGAAGACGAAUCUAGAUCCAUGUGCUGAGCAAACGAUUGAAGACAUAGAGGCGUCGAGUCUCUUUGACCUCUCUAGGGAGCUGGCGGCUAAAACUAAGGCGCUUAUAGAAGAGACUGGUUGGCUCGAGGAAGCAGAGAAGGCGAAGACCAAUUUGGUAAUGGAAUUGGCCUCUCUUUGUGAACAAAUGGAGAGGGCGGAGGCCGACGCCAUGGUGGAGUUCAAGGCUUCCCAACCCUUCAUCGAUUCAUGUGCCAUCUACUACGGUGAUGGGUUUGAGGAUUGCCUAAAGCAAGUUGGGUUUGUCUACCAAGACCUUGACCUAUCCAAGGUUUCUCUUAAUGACCCUCUGUCGAGGACUCCUGUGGCUAACGACACCGUCAAUGAGGAAUCUAACGACUCUACUCAUAUAGAGGAGUAG